AUGGCUGAGAAGAAUCUUGCGCCCUACGACGUCGUCGUUAUCGGUGCUGGCGUGCUCGGGCUCAGCACGGCUGUCCAGCUGUCCGAAUCCGGUCUCCGCGUUGCCGUCCUGGCGCGUGAACUGCCCUCGGACCUGCAGUCCUCGCAGUGGGCGUCGCCAUGGGCCGGCGCCAACUGGUCCUCCUUCGCCUCCAACCCUCAGGAGAAGCGCCGGGACACGGCCACGUUCGAGUACUUUGACCGCCUGGCCAAGAGCAACCCCGAAAUCGUCGUGAAGCGGCCCUUCAAGUAUAUCUGGAACCGCGAUGCGGGCUACUCGUCCCCGUGGUACCGCGACGUCGUGGGAAACUUUAGGCCGCUGAAGGACGACGAGAAAGUGCCCGGUUUCAGCGGCGGGGUGCACUUUGAGUCGUUCACGCUCAACCCGCACCGCCUCCUUCAGCUUUACGAGGAGAAGCUGCGCGCGCGCGGCGUGCCGCUCAUCAAGGUCCGGCUCAACAGUCUCGCCGACGCAUUCAAGUGGAACGCGCGCCUCGUCGUGAACGCGAGCGGACUGGGGGCCCGCGCCCUCCUCGGCGUCGAGGACGCGAAGGUCUUCCCGGACCGCGGACAGACGGUGCUCGUCCGCGCUCCCUCCGUCAACACGUGCUUUGGCGUCCGCGACCUCAACAACAAGCCCGGCGAGGCGACGUACAUCAUCCCCCGGCCGGGUAGCGGGGGGUGCGUCGUGGUCGGAGGCACGAAUCUGAAGGGCGAGACGGACGUCCUGCCCCGCAAGGAAACCGCCGAGCGGAUCCUCGAGAAGGCGUUCAAGAUUUGUCCCCUGCUCGCUGAGGGCGGCAAGAGCUGGCGGGAUAUCCAGAUCGUUUCGCACAACGUCGGACUCAGGCCGUGUCGCGAGGGCGGACUCAGGCUCGAGCUCGAAGAGGUUGACCUGAAGGGUGAGAAGGACUUGCUUGCCGAGGGAACCAAGGAGUAG